AUGCAGGUGGGUUACAUCAUUAUAUCUGGAACGCAAACACACACACACACAGCCACCCUCAGAAUCUGCGUCGAUGGCGGUGCAAAUAGGCUACUAGACGCUGCUUCUAAGCACGCUGAUCCAGUCUCCUUCACUCCCCACCUCUUAGUCGGCGAUUUCGACAGUUUAACAGCCCAAACCAGGCAGUUCUACACACAUCUCAACGUCGACAUGCAUUUUAAUCCAGAUCAACACUCAACGGACUACAUGAAAGCUUUCAACUACGUUCCCCGCCAUCACAUCGCUAUAACAUUCGGUGGCUUGAGUGGGAGGCUUGACCAGACUGUCCAUACCCUCAGUUAUACACGCUCUCAACAGAACAAACGCGAUAGAGCCGUCUACGUUAUCUCAGAGAACAACAUCGCUUGGUCUUUAUCACCAGGCACACACCAUAUACGCGCUGAGCUCGACAAAUUCGGCGAAUGCUGUGGAAUCCUCCCCAUUGCCACAAAGUGGGCAAGAGUGACCACCCAAGGCCUGGAAUGGGAUUUGGGCGGACCUGGAUUAGAAGUCACCGGCUUUGAUGGGAUUGUGAGCUCAUCAAACCAUCUCAAGAUCACCCUAUUCGACGGCAAAGCACAGGUUCACAGGGAAUUUAAACCGCACACGCGCAUUUACGCAGACACUCUCUACACUCUCAAGCUCUCCAGCCUCCCUGAAACUCUCGACGCUGAGUCUCUGCAUGUCAGCGUAGGUGGCCACGAAAUCCAGGUACUUCAACAGGACCAAUCGGAAGACAGAGAAGAAAGCGAGACAACGUUAAAUAUAAGAGACAUCGCAAGAGAAAUAGAAGCCAAAGAGCUAGGCAAGAGCGUUGUGCACCAUCAGAUGGAAACGUUGCGCAGUUUUGGGCAGAAACCGGCGUCGACGGAUGAUUUGGACAAGUAUCUAUCGAUGGUGUACACGAAAAUGAGUCGUUAUCAUGCACAUAUCAAACAACUCGAAGAUGACAUCGCUAGCUCCAUCGACCACAAGCGUGCAUUGGAGCAGUCGGCUGGUAUAUACGGGAAUGGAUAUGGAGAUGGAGUGAGGAAGAGCAAAGUAUGCACCCUCUCCUUCAAGCCACUUGCGAAUAUAGACAAGGUUACAUUCACUAUCUCGUACUGCGUCUUCAACGCGAGCUGGCGGAAUUUCUACCGCGUCAAAGCAGAUAAUGCGGCGAUUCAAGUUGAUUAUAUUGCGAAAGUAUACAAUGAUACGGGGGAGAAUUGGGAGGAUACGACGCUCGUGCUGUCGACAUCUACGCCCAAUCUCAGCGCCGAGAUACCAGAAUUGAGACCAAUCAACGCGCAAAUCAGAUCGCCUUACGUGAUUGGGAAGGAGAGUCUAGCUGCAGAGAAUAUGGUAUACCGUGCUAUGCCAGCAAUGGUAGCUACGUCUAGUGUACAGAACAACACUAUCAGCACUGCAUUUACAAUCAACGGUCUCACAACAAUCCUGUCUAACAGUCACGUCCAUAAAACUGUCAAAAUCGAUACAAUUUCCCUGCAGGCUGAUUUGAAUUGGGUGUUCGUGCCUUCCCUCUCGGAUAGAGCUUAUCUGGAAGCAGAAGUCACCAAUACCACCGACAUGCCUCUUUUGGGUGGUGAAGCGCUUAUUUUUAUGGAUGGAGAGUUGGUCUCUCGCAGUUACAUCCCCGAAGCGCCAUCCGCAACUAAAUUCCAACUGAGCCUGGGUGUCGAUAGGAAUAUGAAAACGCACAAGAAACACAACGUCGAUCGCUACAACGGUAUUAUCAAUAAGGGAUUACUUGAUAGAUUCAACACUGACACGAAAAUGCAAUCUAGAUCUAUCAGCACAGUGUACGAAGUGCACAACAUGAGACAACAAAUCGAUUGUCCACCUGCUCAAGUUGUUAUUAGAGAUCAGGUGCCUGUCAGUGUCGAUGAGCGUGUGCGCGUCCUUUUAAACACACCAAAGGAGCUGGCGAGAGAUAAGGAUGACGAUAACGAUUGCAAUAUGUCUGAAAAUGUUGAGUGGAUUGAUAAACAGGAUGGCUUCUUCACCUGGCGCUUCCCUCUUGAAAACACUUACGUACACGACGUGUGUCUGGAUUAUGAAAUACAAUGGCCUGCUAAUGAAGAAUUGGAGGUUUAA